UUAAUACGAUACAUACAUAUACGGGCUUCGGGCACUUCGGUGUAUGUGUCACUUGAACAGAAAGUACGAAGUUAUUACGCUGUUCGAAGUUUUCAUUUACCACUCCAGCAGCAAAAUGGAUAAAUUAAUGUUACCUUGUGAAGUGAAUGUGACUGGGACUAUUCAACCAGAUGCUGAUAUAGAUGGCUGCAUCUUGGUAACUGAGAGUAUUGAUGUCAUACCUAAUGCCCUACAGGAGAUGAAGGAUGCCAUUGCCAAGCAGAAGACGUUCGAUGCUGCGGUAGGGAAGGAGGUGACAUUCAUAGCUGUACCCACUGCAUCACCAGGAGACAGUAAAGUGGUCUUCUCACCAGGAUACAGUAAAGUGGUCUUCUCACCCACUGGUCCUACCAAUAGGGAUUAUGAUGAUCAUAGGAACUUUGCCGAUGCCGCAGGAGCAGGAAUUAAAAGAGCGAUAGUUGCUGGGAUGAGAAAGCCUCUACUGAUUGUAUGUCCAAGCCCAGACUAUCCUAACGCUAUGCUGGCAGCAGCACUGGGGGCGCUUCAUGCUGCAUAUGUGCCUUUUGAGAUUCGUGAAGAUGUUCCAUCGAGGAGAAACAAGCUGUCUUCUUUGACCAUCUACUCCGAUGGUGCGUCGAGUGACCUCGCCAGAUAUAUCCAUGGAAUCGAAAGUGGAAGGCUUGUUGCUAGGGAUAUUGGAGGAUCAGAUCCUGAGAGGAUGGCGGCCCCUAAGGUUGCUGCAUACAUGGAAAAGCUCUUUGCUGGAUCACCAUUUAUCAAGGUAAAUAUCUCAAUAUCACACCACAAAUUAUCAUGCAGUUGCAUCAAACAAUCUUUACAUGAACAAAAUAUUCAAAAUCAAUGUUGAGUGUCAGUAAAUCAUUGUAAAUGUAUCUAUCUGAUCUGAUACAUAAAACUUAUGCUAUUAAAUCAUGAAAUCUAGGCUGAAAAAAUUACCACGCUGAGCAUUACUAACACAGAAAAGCAUAUGUGGGACAAUGUAUUUCUAUUGCUUUGAACAAAAUCAUACACCUGGCUGGCAUACCAUGCUUAUUUUUUGUCAAUUUCUGGGCAAUUACAUAUUUCUGCCAUAAUAACUAUGCAAUUUUUUAUAGUUAUUUAUACCUACAAAACUAAUGAUAAAUUUAUUGAAUUUCUGUAUGGACCAAUUUUUAGAUCUCUACAACAGCUGGAAUUCAUGUUUAAGGCACUUGAUUCAACACACUAUGUAUACAUAUGUAUCAAGUAUUAUGAGUAAUAAUCUUUUUUAAUCCAAGAAUCCUAAAUGUAUUUGAUUUAAUCAAUACAUGCAAUGCUUUCAGUACAUUGAUCCCCUAGGAUGGUGUCUUGAAAUCAGAAAGAUUUUUUUAAACAAUCCAUUAAAGUCGAAUAACAUGUUUUAGUGGAGUUUUAAAAGGUUUCAAGGUUCAUAAUUGCACAUGAUAAAAAAGAGUCUAUUUACAAACAGGGCUUCUGAAGUGAUGAUUAUUCCUUGAAAUGGUAUUAAAAAUCAUGAUAAGAGUCAAUUAAUGGUUCAGAAUGAGAUCAAUAGUCUCACAAUCUGUUUUUUAUCAUUUUUUCACAAUUUGAUGACUAUGAUUUAUUACCAGUCUCCUGAAGAGGUGUAAUGUUAUGAUAUUAUUUGUGUAAUCUAUAAAAUGUUAUUAAAGAGGUCAAUGAUCAAUUUCUUAAAUGUUGCUAAUUUAUUGACACUAAAGCUAUCUUUUCUUAUGUUUGCUCAAGUUUAAGGUUAAAGAAAGUACGUUGCAACACACAAUUAUUUAAUGAGAAAGUCUUUAAAAUGAAGGUUAAUUGUCAUCAUAUUAUCAUAGAUCUAGGUCUGGUACAUUGAAAUAAUUUAACUUUGUAAAAUCAUGAAAUCUAAAUUGAAAACUGAUAAUUCUGAUUAUCACCAACACAAAAAGGUGUAUUUGGGACUGUGUAUUACUUGGGAAAAAUACCAGACAUUUUAUUGAGUUCUGUGCUUAUUUUGCUAAUUUCUCAGCAAUUACCCAUUUUCCAGAGCCAUUUCAGGUGCAGAUCCAGGGGGGGGGGGCUGAAGAUGCACUAGCCCCCCGUAGGAUUUAAAAAAAAGACAAAUUGACCUUAAAUAUAGGCGAAAACUUUUUUUUUUGGGGGGGGGGGCUUGUUAGUUUUUUUGAGCUCCCCUUUUUAAACAAAAAAUUCUGUAGUACCUUGUAAAAUAUCAACUCUGGGUCCGCUCCUGCAUUUGGCCCAUACAUACAAUCAAUUUGGUGGCCAUUUUAUUGGAUUCUUUUUUAACACAUUUUGAGAUCGUUAUCACAUUUAUCUUUCGUUAUAUUGGUAUAUAGCUUGGCAUUCUGGUUUCAUGAGUAAUUUUACUAUCAUGAUUUUUGAUAUCUCUUCUCUGAACUGGUACAUAAAAUCAUCAUCAAACAAAUUUAUAACUGAUACAGACUGAUGUAAGGACUACAUGUACCUCCCUCUCACAAUUGAAAGCCAAAAUACAGUGUAAGUACAAAAUCAAGAACAAACAAAUGCUGUUCUUGUUUUAGGCUAGUGAGUUGCAAGAACAGUGCUACUUGAAAGUUCUGAUUAGACUAGGUGCAUAAGAGGAGCAAAAUUAAUUCAUCACGAUGAUACACAAAUGAGAGGCAAUUUAAAAGAAAUAGGCUGAACCUACUAUGUUAAGUCCUUAGACAAUUUGAAUACAUCAAAAAAUACAUUGGGGGGGGGGGUGUUUCACAAAGAUAUAAGUAUGAUUUAGAGUCACACUUAAAGGAGAAUGAAACCCUUGAAACCAGCUGAAUCCAUAUCAAAGAGAAAAAUCAAAGAAACAUAUUGUUGACAGUUUGAGGAAGAUUGAAUGAAUAAUAAGAAAGUUAUGAGCAUUUGAAUAUUGAGAUCACUAAUGCCAUGUAGAUCCUCCCAUUGGCAAUGCGACCAAGAUCUGUGAUGUCACACACGUACAACUCCCUCAUUGCUUUAGUACUUAUUUCACUUAUUUUCUCACUUUUAUAGAAUCUAUCACAAGGUGAGGUAUUCUCUUUAUGAGAGGACAAGUACAGAGGUUUCACAACAUUAUAUCAUUGAUGAAUCGUUUGUCAUAUGAUUAGAAUGAGCAAAAAGAGAUGUUUUGGGGUAUAUUUUCAGUGUCCAAAAGGGGAGAGUUGUUCAUCUGUGAUAUCAUAGAUCUUGCUUGCGUUGCCAAUUGGAGGAUCUCCAUAGCAUUAGUGAUCUCGACAUUCAAAUGCUCAUAACUCUUCUAUUGCUAGUCCUAUUUUACUCAAACUUUUGUUGAUCUUAUUCUUUGAUUUUUCUGCUUUCACAAAAGCUAACUUGCUCCAAGAGUUUCAUUCUCCUU